AUGCUGAUCUUGCUGAGGGAGUACAAGUUGGCCCAAGAAGAAUGGGAGUACCUGCUGCCUGUUUUACUGGUGAGGUGGAUCGGGCCGUAUCGAGUCAAAGAAGUUGGCGAGUACUCUGUCUUCCUCGAACACCUCAUCACGCACGAAGUAAGAGAAGCGCACACGUCACCUGUCGAAAUGUAUGCCGAGUCAAACUUCGAAGUCACGGAAGAGAUCCUGGACCAGGCGUCUGAACAAGGGAUGGUGCUGAAGGUUCAGUCCAUCGCUGGACACAAGUUUGUCCAGGAUGUGACGGACUUCAUGCUAAAAGUCUUGUGGCGUGGGUUCGAAGCGAUUGAAGCAUCGUGGGAACCGCUGAAAAAGCUCAUGGAAGAAUGCCCAGCUGUGGUCAUGAAGUACGUUGAAGGUGUGAAUAACGCCGACCUGGCGAAGGCAAUCAAGCAAGCAAGCAAGCGAGAAGCGCUAGAAGACGCAAAGGCCGGACCUGUCUGCCAGGACAUGGCUUGGGGGGGGGGGUGUUGUGUGCAGUGGCGUCAGCCAUACCCUGCCGCGUACAGGUGGGGCCUGUAA